AUACGCUUUCCGGCGGGCGGGUCGAGGCGGGAGGUUGCUAGUGGAGGUGUGAGUUUGCCUUUAGGUGCAGCGGGGUCGUGUUUUGUACCUUGGGGGCCUCAUUGGCGACGUGAGCACCCCGACUCAGCAUGCCGGGCGUGAAGCUGACUACACAGGCCUACUGCAAGAUGGUGCUACACGGCGCCAAGUACCCGCACUGCGCGGUCAACGGGCUUCUGGUGGCCGAGAGGCAGAGGCCGCGCAAGGAGCAUCCGCCGGGCUCAGGCAGCCACACUCUCUUCGUGGACUGCAUCCCGCUUUUCCACGGCACGCUGGCCCUGGCGCCCAUGCUGGAGGUGGCACUCACCCUGAUCGACUCAUGGUGCAAAGAAAACAGCUAUGUGAUCGCCGGCUAUUAUCAAGCUAAUGAACGUGUGAAGGAUGCCAGCCCAAACCAGGUGGCAGAGAAGGUGGCCUCCAGGAUCGCUGAGGGCUUCAGUGACACUGCACUCAUCAUGGUGGACAAUGCCAAGUUCACGAUGGACUGUGCAGCACCUACAAUCCAUGUCUACGAGCACCAUGAGAACAGGUGGCGAUGCAGAGACCCACACCACGACUACUGUGAGGAUUGGCCGGAGGCACAGAGGAUCUUAGCAUCGCUCCUGGACAGCCGCUCCUAUGAAACACUUGUGGAUUUUGAUAACCACCUGGAUGACAUUCGGAACGACUGGACAAACCCUGAGAUCAACAAAGCAGUUCUGCACCUGUGCUAGACGAGGGCCACCACAACUGGACACUGCACUACAGAGAAGAGAAAAACCUAUUUUUAAAUUUCGAGUAAUAGUGGACUAAGUCUGUGGUGUGUGCCUUGGAAGGGGAGUCCAAUUGGCAUCCUUCAGGGCAGGGUUGUGGAGAGGUGUAUGCCGCCUAGGCUUUGGGUUCUUUUUCUGUGCUGCCCAGUCCUGCCCAUCAGAGCUCUUUCUGCUUGUCCCGGUUGUUCCCAUUAAACAGUUCUAGCCUUUUAUAAUCUAGAAAGGGUGCAUUUCCGUCUUUACUCUGGUGAGUGUGUAAGGCAUCAGGCAGCCUCGUGGACUGUUGGAACAUCAUCGGAUCAGCCAAGUUGGUGUCAAGGCUAGGAGCUGUGGGCUCCACAAAGCUGCACAGGGGAAAGAGUCAGCACCGUGGCCUGAGAAGCCUCACUGUACAGUGAACACAGCACAUUGAUAAUGAGAACCGAGAUGCCAUGAGGAGAGGAAGCUGAGCCCUUGAACAUUCCCAAAACCUGACUCAGCUGCUCUGGGUCUUCAGAGUGAGACCUGCUUUGUAUUUAAAAUAAACAAAAAACAAACAUACAAAAAGAAAAAAAAAACCCUAGUGUUCAGUG